AUGGCCGUCGCUGCCCAGAGCGACCCAGCGGCGUCUCCCGCGCGGAAGACCCCCGAAGAUCUUCCCGCGGUGCGGCCGGUGGCACCGGUGGCCAACGUGGCCGUUGCCAAUGUGGGCCAGGUGUCCAAGAACUUGUCUGAAGAGGGCAACGAGGUCAUGCGGCCUGUUCCAGUGCGGAGCAUCAAAAAAGUCGUCAGGACGUCAACUAGAGUGGUGCACACAGUACAAACACCACUGGAGAGAGAAAUCGAAAGCAUCGAGGGUCUUCGCCAAUUUUCGCAGAAGCCACCCGCUGAGGUCUCAGGCCGAGUAUCUGUCUUGACGCCCACCACAGCGUCCCGAGCGCGUUUCCAUGAGCAGCUGUGGCAGUGCUUCGUGGACCAGACUUGGCCUGAUAAGGAGCUGGUCGUAGUGGAAACCUACACCAAGAAGGAGAAGCCUUCUGAAGUCUUCACCAAACUAGUCAAGGCGAAGGAACCGCGACUGAAAUAUCUGGGACUCCAAGUGGAGAACGAAGACUUCACGGUCGGCGCCAAGCGAAAUAUGACAGUGCUCAUGAGCAGCGGACAGUACUGUGUGAACUUUGAUGAUGAUGACUUGUAUGCCACUGUCUAUGUGGAGCGCAUGGUGAACGAGCUUAGACAGAGAAGUUUGGUCGCGCUGACCCUCUCUGCAUGGCACAACUUCUUCGAGUCCAACGGUCGCUGUGGAUAUUCCACUCCCGACUGCUGGGACCCCGAGGAUCAUGAAGAGUACGAGGGCAUCCUCUAUGGUUAUGGCUUUAGCUAUGUUUACCUCCGGGCCUUGGCGCUUUCAUUUCCAUAUCCCAACUUAGGGUUCGCAGAGGAUGCACCCUUCAUGUUGGGGCUUCGAGAGAAGAUGGGUCCUGGCCGUGUAGGGCUGAAAGAAGAUGCGGAGGGACUGUGCCUGCACAUAGUACAUCCCAGCAGCAGCACACCAGACCCAGAGAUUGAGACAAUGCUUACGGAGGAGGAAUUAAAUGGCUUAGUGGUGUCGGAUUCAAUGGUACCAUGGCACCGGGACCUCGGGCACCGGGAUCGGAGACGCGGCCGGGGCAGUGAAAUAAGGCAUUUCGACUACAUCUCAAGCGGCCUUGGUUUCCGUCGAUUUGGUCCUCUUGCUGACUCCCUUGACAUCACUUGGCCUAUUUUGCACAUUUAUCGCCGAGUGAAGCCUGAUCCGUUGAGACUUUUCCGCCCGGCAAUGGCCGGAAGCAUCUCGCCACUCAUUGGGGUGGCGGCGGUGAGGAAAGCACCAAUUGGAUCGACAGCGCGGCGUGGAAAAAGCCACUGGAUGACGAGUUGGAUGACUGGCAGCUGCUGGCCCCUGGUAGAGAGUCUCUGUUGGAUCUCUUGGCUUGGUUAUGCUUGGUUUAUUUGCAAGCCAUUUGCACCUGGGAUUUUUUGA